UUUUUUUUUUCUAUCCUGUCUUCCCUUCCUAAGUCAUGACUGUUCCAGACAACGCCAACUCCGAUAGCAGCGGGGCCCCGGCCAGUGCCCGGGGUCAACGUAUUAUCCUCACCACAUAUCCUGGCCAAAGUGUCGUGGAUCCCGUUCCGUUAAAAUGGGGCGCCGCAGACCCCCAGGAGCGAGGCCCGGUACUCGUGUCGCGGGCAAGCAAGUCCAUCACACGCCGCAACGCCAUCGGCGCCCACGGCGGCAGCUACUCCGUCUACAACGCCCUCGCCAUCGCCUCCGGAGACCUCCCGCUGAACUUCACCCCCAGUUUUGAAAACACACAGCCGGUGUUCGACUUCCCCGCCCAACCAGCCUGGGGUGACCCGACCAAGAUCGUGGCCAUGGACCCCUACGGCCACGACACGGUACGCCUCUUCAAAAACCACCUGUCCAGCGGUCUGGACAUCCGACCCACCAUUGCCGUAACGCGCGCAACCAUGCGCCUCGCCGAAGUCAGCGAGUCCAUCAGCAGCGGCCGGGUCCCAGUCGACGGCGAGAUCGUCGUCAACAAGGCCGGUGACGUCCGCGUGACCAAGGCCGCCGUCGAGCCGGUCUGGUAUCUGCCCGGCGUCGCCGAGCGCUUCGGCGUGGACGAGUCCACCCUGCGCCGAACACUCUUCGAGCAGUGCGGCGGCAGUUUCCCCGAGCUGAUCACCCGCCCGGACAUCAAGGUCUUCCUGCCGCCUAUUGGCGGUCUCACGGUGUACAUCUUCGGCCCGCCGGAGAACGUCUCCAACCCCAAUGUCAAGCUGGCCCUCCGCAUCCACGACGAGUGCAACGGUUCCGACGUGUUCCAGUCUGAUAUCUGCACCUGCCGACCGUACCUCGCCUUUGGCAUUGAGGAGGCUAUCAAGGAAGCCCAGAACGGCGGCUCGGGCGUGGUCAUCUACUUCCGUAAAGAGGGACGUGCCCUCGGUGAGGUCGUCAAGUAUCUCGUUUACAACGCGCGCAAGCGGGGCGGCGACACGGCAGAUAAGUACUUUGCGCGGACAGAGAACAUUGCGGGUGUACGAGAUAUGCGCUUCCAAGCCCUCAUGCCGGAUAUUCUGCAGUGGCUGGGCAUCAAAAAGAUCGACCGCAUGCUUUCCAUGUCGAACAUGAAGCAUGACGCGAUCGUGGAGCAGGGUAUUCCCAUUCUCGAGCGGAUUCCCAUUCCAGACGAUAUGAUCCCGGAAGACUCGCGCGUGGAGAUCGACGCCAAGAUCAACGCGGGAUACUUCACCACAGGCAAGAAGUACACGACGGAGGAGCUGGCGCAGAUUGAGGGCCGGGGGUGGCAGAGCUGGGAGGAUGUGCCGCACUAAUAGUAUAAUGGUCGAUGUGUUGCUUUUGGAGCGGAGUAUGUGAAGGCAGGGUCAUGAGCUUGGACCAGAUCCGGUCUUUGAAAUUGAAAUUAGAAUAUCGAUAUCAAUAAAUUAUCAAAUAUAUCAGAUUUUCC